AAAGUUGCUAUAAAUUAAUCAAAGAAACAAUACUUUAGAUUAAGAAAUUGCCGAAACCCUAAGCAAACAACAAGAGAGAGAGAGAGAGAGAUCAACGAAGACUUUCACUUUCAACAUCUUUUCUUUGUCUUCUCCCACUACUUGCGCGCGCGAACCCAACCCAACCCCACACAGUAAACACCAUUCGAAUUUUGAACAACAGUGUGCAGGGAAUGUUCAGAAUCAGUUGAUUAUAAGCCAAUGCAGCCGUCUUCUGAAUGGUAUAGGUGUAUGAUGCCUGCCUAUCUUAACCCCAAUGCUAAUCAACCAGACCUUCAUGUUUUCAAUCAUCAGUUGAAUAUGCUACCUGAUCUGGAUGUUGCAUCUGAUAGAAAGGCCCAGUACUUAGCAUCCAGAAGGUUUAAUUAUAAUAUCGGAGUACCAAGACUGUUAAACUUUGGGUCUGAUAAGGAUGAGUUUUUUGGAGAUAUAUUUAAGUCAGAGAUUGGUGAUUUUCCGUCUAAGCGACAGAGAGCUGAAACACCAACAAAGCUGAGUCUUCCUCCUUGGAACGAUUCAUCAAGACUCCCUCCUCUUCAGAUAUGUCCGGAGCAGAAAGUUCCCACGCCAGUUUGUAGCCCUGAGAAUGGUAGCGGUUGUUCUGACGUAACGAAGGUAGGUGUGAUGGACAAUUCUCCUUUGGACAGUAAGCAUGUUCAGGGUCUUGGUACUAGCAAAACUGUGAAACCUGCAAGACCACAUGCAACCCGGGUUUAUUCUUUUGACGACUUCUAUACCGUCGAGAGAGAGAUUCAAACCGAGGAAAGGCUGGUGAAGCAUGAGAAACUGGGACCUGGAGUGGACGUUGUUGAGCCGAUGGAAUGUGGAGAGCAGACUAAGUGUGAGGUUAAUGCUGACUCAGUGCCUAUGGAAAAGCGUAACAAGAGAGGUGUCUCACUGGUGGAACGUUUCACAGAAGAAGAAAUAAAGUUGCAUAUUAAGAGCCUCAAGGAGGGAAGUACUCAGGGAGGAAUUGGAGAAACGUGUGACCAAAAGGAUCUAUGUCAAUUGUGUGGCAAUGGCACACUCGUGUUACCAGCACAACCAAUCUACUGUUCUCUUUGCUCCCGCAAAAUCAAAGACAAAUCUUCAUAUUACAUCCCCGAGGAGAAAAUAAGUGAUGCGCAACAUCAAAUCUGUAAUCCCUGCUACAAUCGUUGCAGAAAAAACUUCACAUUAUUUGGAGUCACUGUCGCAAGAGCCAAUAUGCUUAAAAUGUUUAACACUGACAAUCAACACACAGAAGAGUGGGUUUAUUGUGAAUCUUGCGAAAAGUGGCAACAUCAGAUAUGUGGUCUCUACAAUCAACAAAAAGACAUUGACAAAACAGCAGACUACAUUUGUCCCUACUGUUUGCUGAAGGAGCGUAAAAGUAUCGAGAAUACAGAUCUGGGGGCGAAAGAUUUGCCUGAAACCAUCCUCAGCCACUUUAUAGAACGGAGGCUAUCCAGACGCCUCACAGAAGAAAGACUCCAAACGGCAAAGGCUAAUGGGAAGAGCGUUGAUGAUGUACAAGAACCUGAUGACCUUACUCUCAGAGUCGUGUUUUCAGCUGACAGAACCUCACACGUCAACAAAACAUUUGCGGAUUUGCUUCACAAAGAGCAUUACCCUAGUGAAUUCCCUUACAGAUCCAAGGUCAUUCUUCUGUUCCAGAAAGUUGAAGGAGUUGAUAUAUGCAUCUUUGCGUUGUUUGUCCAAGAGUUUGGAUCAGAAUGUAGCCAACCAAACCAACGCAGCAUAUACAUCUGGUAUCUCGAUUCGGUCAAGUACUUUAGACCCGAGAGAGUGACAUUCUCAGGAGAAGCUCUACGAACUUUCGUUUAUCAUGAAAUAUUGAUUGGAUAUCUCGAGUAUUGUAAGAUUCGGGGUUUCACUACGGGUUAUAUAUGGGCGUGUCCACCUCGAAAAGGAGAAGACUACAUUAUGUAUUCUCAUCCUAAGACUCAGCAAACACCCAACACUAGGAAGCUUCGCCAAUGGUAUCAGUCGUUGCUGGAUAAAGCAACCAAGCAGAGGGUAGUGACGAGUGUUACAAACUUGUAUGAUCGGUUCUUCGUUUCGGCAGAAGAAUCUACAUGCAACAUUACAGCUGCACGCUUGCCUUACUUUGAAGGAUCUUUCUGGUCCGAUAAUGCUGAGCUCCUGACUCAGGCUUUUGAGAGAGAAAGUGUGGACGAGUUGCAGAAGAAGGUUAAAUCGCUUUCUAGAAGAGCACUAAAGGGUGUCAAAAGUAAGGAUGAUCUUGACGUUGAUGAUGCCAAAAACAUUCUCAUGAUGCAAAAGCUGGACAAACUGAUAUCUCAAAACAAGGAGGAUUUCAUGGUGGUGGAACUGAAUUAUUCAUGCACACGCUGCUCAGCGGUUAUAUUGUCGGGAUUGAGAUGGUUUUGCGGGAAGUGCAAGAAUCUUCAAUUGUGUGAAAGAUGCCAUGAUGCAGAAGAAGAGCUUCCUGGGGAACACACGCAUACUAUGAAUGACAAAGAGAAGCAUUCUCUGUCAAAGGUUCAGGUGAACGGCAUACAAUCUACAACAACUGAGGAUAAUGAUGUCAUCCUAGAAAACAGUAUGUUCGAGAGCAGACAAGUGUUCUUAGGCUUUUCUCAGAAGCAUAACUACAGCUUUGACACGCUCCGACGCGCCAAGCAUUCUUCGAUGAUGAUACUUCACCAUCUUCACUCUUCAGACAAGCAUCAUUCUGAGAACUCCAACAGCAGCUUCUUUCAAGUGACUUGUACGACCUGCCAAAAGGAUGUUUCAAAAACGAUUUACUACUCUUGUUUGAUUUGUUCGGAUUGCCGAGUUUGCACUGCAUGUUAUAACAAGAAGAACACAGUCCUUCGUCUGCUUCAUCUCUUCCCAAUGACCCCUUCCACGCACGGGACGCCGCCUAGAACCGUAGGGGCUCUUGGGAUAAUAGAGGCUUUGUUGCAUGCACAUACGUGCAGAACCAUGGCCACUGGUUCGUGCUCACACCCGAAAUGCGAUGAUGUUAAAACAUUAUUCAGUCACAGCGCAGUGUGUGAAAUCAAAAAGAGAGGAGCUUGUAAGAUUUGCAAUAAUCUUCGGCAGAUGAUAAGUAUUCACGCAUUCCAUUGCCAAGAUCCCACUUGCUCCAUACCACGCUGCAGAGAUACGAAGGAGCACUUCUUUAGGAGUGGUUUGCGGCACUAAAGAAGAGCCAAAGGACUUAGUUUGUACAUUCCUUAUGAUUGUGAUGCUGCUUAUAGAAGAAAAUGUACAGAUCAUAAAACCCUUCUCUUACAUCAAAUACUUAUCGUUGUCCAUUUCUGUCAAGAAUGGUCAGUGUUGUUGUCCUUUAGUUUUGUCGUUAAGGAUCUUGUUAGUGUUCAAUAGAGAGAGAAUAAGAUAGGCGCCUAAUGCUUAUAGCUUAAUUUAUAGCUUGAAUAAUCUUGGAAAGAAUAGAUGUUUGUUUCGUCUGA